GCGGUUCGAGCUGCUGUGGGACUCACUGCGGGGGAUAGUGUGGCCGAUGCGCCAGCGCAUGAGGGAGGACAAUAGCUCGAACGGGAGCGUGCAGGUGACCAGGGAUCGCCAGGCGCGCUCAGCGAAGAUGGAAGGGGGGAUCGAGCAGAUCUACGAGGAGGACGACGCUCCGAGCGAUCAGCCCAUCGAGCUAGUGGCGCCAGUGCGUGGGCUGAACGAUGCUCCUCUGUUGUGGCACAGAACGUUGACGGACAAUAUGUCCGUGCUUGGUUUUAAGCGAUCGUUGCUUGGGCCCUGCCUGUGGCUGCAGAGGGCCCCGGGCGGCAAGUUGCAGUCGCUCAUUUUGAUCGGGGCAGACGAUCUCAUAGUGUCGGGCGAAGCCGAGGUGCUCCCGGCCCUCUCCCUUUCGGGCGCCGUGGCAGAAGCCCAGUGGUUGCAGAUCAUGUGGAAGGAUGCUCUGUUCGGAGACGUUCAAGUGCCCGACUGGUCCCAGUCGCUGGGCCCAUGUUUUGUGAUAGUGCCUCGCGAGUGCGAGCUAGGCGAUCGGAACGCAGUUGAGAUG